GAGACUGGACUUCUCUCGUUCGUGUACCUCACUGCUUCCUCUGCAACCAUGUCUGGCGAACCCAAUAUGGCUGAGAUUGAGAAGUUCGGUAAAUUGAAAUUGAAGAAGACAGAGUCUCAAGAGAAAAAUCCACCCCUUUCAAAAGAAAUGAUAGGACAGGAGAAGCAAGCAGGCAAAUCAUAGUGAGGCACGCACUGCCAGAUACGCACUGUACAUUCCACAAGCAUUGUCUUCUUAUUUUAUUUCUUUUAGCUGUUUAACUUGGUAAGAUGCAAAGGGGUUGGAUCAAGUUUAAAUGACCAUGCUGCCCCUUUCACAUCAAAGAACCCAGAACCGCUGACAGUGAAGGCCACCCCUGCCUCUCCCAGCUGCCUGUGUGACUGGCAGAGAAGGAAAAGACCUUGCAGCUUGGUGAAAGAGGAAGUUGGGGACGAAAUCUAGAGUAAAACCCAAGCUGGUCCAAGAUGUCCUGCAGGCUGUAAAAUGCAGCUUAAUCAGAAUACCAUUUUUUUUCUUCAAAUGACUUUAAUUACUGGAAUGCACAAUUUUUCAGUAUGCAAAUAAAAAGCUUUAAAAUAUG